AAGGGGCUGCAGCGGGCGCCCGGCCCCGCCGCCCCUCUCUAGGCAUUAUUAAUUGAAUUCCAGAUUUCUCCCAAAUGUGUUUGACAAGACAACAGGAAAAACUCGAUCAUCUUGUGCUCAUGGGAAGUGCUCUGUCUAGGGGUAUACAUGCAGUAUAUAGCAGCGCAGAGACGUCAAAUAUGGACAUUAAAUGACGCUGUUCUUUCAAGCGAGCAGUAUCCAUCUGUGGCGUGAAUGAAGCAGGGGUCUUGUGGAAAUAAAGAGAAACAUUUGGAAACAUCCUACAGGUCAUUUUACAUAGACAUCCCAGUUCCCAGUCAUGAGGAAGAGGGAUAUGAGGACUAUGCAGCAUGAAAAAGGCAAUGGACAUGUUACCUCAGCUUACAGGAAGGUAAUUAAAAACAAAUGCAUUUGAAUCCAGUCUUGUGGAAUGAGUUUAAUGCGUUACGUAAACUGCUCAGCUGAGAAGGCUUUUUCUUAGUAGACCUGCUGUAUGCUGCUGGCCUCGUCUUCGUAUGUUAUGGAGAUGGAAUCACGCGUACAGUUGAAGAACAUUCAAGUCUGCUGAUGGGAAUAAGGUACAUUAGAACCAAAUUCUUCUUAAUACCGUGACUAUACAGGAUGCAAGAAAAAAGAGCUUCUGUUUUUCAGAUGCCCGACUUUAUUGUUUGUAACAUAGUUUACUGUGAAAAGUGAGAGAAGAAUCUGUCUGGACACCUUAAAGACAGCUGGUAGGCAUAACAAAAUGCUUUGUUUGAGGCAGGUUUGCUUAUUUACGCUAAGACAUUGCCAAGCUCGAACUCUGAGCAAUGACCUGCUUCUGAGCCAGAUAAAUAGCUGCACCCAUGAAGACGAAGUGUUCAGUCUCAUUGGAAGGAACAAGGCCAGACUUUCUGAAAAACAUGUGGGAAGUGCACUGAACGUGCUGUGGCAAUUACAAAAGAAGAGGCCCCUUCCUUUAAGGACAAGCAACUAUAUAAGAAAUCACUCGCAGUUUCUUACUCUUCGCAUUUUGGCAGAAAACAAGGUAGAACGUAUGGAAAAUGAGGUCGUGGUGAACACCCUAUACAGUGUUCUGAGGCUGGAUGUUGAAGACCAUGAUUCUCUAGCAGAAGUGCUGGUGACAGAAGCGUGGAAAAGAUUAGAAAGACUUAGUCUGCCAGCUCUGUCUAAAUUUGCACUGUGUUUAUACAAGCAGCACAUGAAUUUUAGUCCCCUAAUUGGCAGAAUAGCUCAUAUUGUGGACAUGAAACUGGAUUCUAUACAGGAUAUAAGGAUCUUGUCAGUUUUGAUGAUCAGCAUAUCUGAUGUUAUCUCACAGAGUUUUCGAGAUCGAUUACUACAGAAGGCUGAACAGCUCUUGGAGGAAGAGGAUGAAGUCUACUUCAACUAUGCCAAAAGAAUAACACUGUUUCUUCAAAACGUUAAACUGGCAUAUCAUCCAUUGCUGGAAAAAUGCAACAAGAUUUUCCUUAAAAGUGCCUGCCGUCUUGAUAUACACAAUAUUAAUCUUAUUUUUGGACUGUAUGAGCAGCUUGGUUUUGACAGUGCUGAAUUCCGCUUGGUUGCUAAACAGCUGCUGUCUGAAUCUAUAGAUGAUUAUAACGAUCCCGAAACUUUUACAAAAUUGUUUUUUACCCUUGGGCCUAUGGCAGGACCCAAGGUAAGAGAAAGGUUGCUAGUUACUGCAGUGGCCAUGGCAGAAGGAUUUAGCAGUCAUCAAGUAUUGGUAAUACUAAAGACGAUGCAGAAAAUGAAAUGUAGAAAUUCUCAUCUACUCCGAAAAAUGGCUUCUAUUCUGCACAAACAUUUGGAUAACUGUAGCAUAUUACAGUUGGUAAAGUUAACACAGUACUUGGUAUUGCUGCAUUGCCACGAUCUGGAGCUGUUUGACAAGCUAAAAAAGUUGCUACUUGGUUUUUUAAAAUCUAGUGUCAUACCUGCUGACAUUGCUGCAAUAAUUCGUGUUCUGGCCAUGCUUCCUUCCUUUCAAGAGGAGGAAAUCAUUAUAAACAAAGCAACUGCAGUUCUGCCUCAGUGCAGGCUCCCUCAUUUGAAUUGCAUUGCUACAGCUCUUGUCAAAUGGAAUCAUUAUGACCAGUUACACUGGCAAAAAAACACUUCAGAGCUAUGUGCUAAGCUUCUACAGAAAGUAAAUGACUAUGGAUUUCAGAGGCUUCAGAAAGCUGACAACUUAGAUCUUCUGUUGGAAGAACUUACAUAUAUGAAUGGAGAAUGGUUUGAAGAAGUCCUCAGUGAGGAAACUAUGGCUACAUGUCAGCGCUUGAUAGACCAAAUAACAUGGGCAAAUGUGUUACAGUUUUCCUUUUUUCUCAUAAAAACAAACUGCUGCUCUGCUUCGUUACUUGACAGAAUAGCUUCUGUGACUGUUCAAAAUAUAGACAAGAUCCAUCCCUUUGAAAUAUAUUUUAUUCUCUACCUUUUCUCUAUUCUGAACUAUGACCCUCCUGCCAAUGAAGAGUUCUUUGAGAAUUGCAUCCAGCCUCUUAGCUCUAACUUGAGUUGUUUUGAAACUCACCACUUGGUGCUGCUUGGUCAUGCUUUGGCAGUGGCUGGUUAUUUUCCUUCAUUUCUGAUAAAGAUGAUAUUUAAUGUAUCUUUCCUAAGUAAACUGGAUGCUCAGCUUCAAGUCCUGUCUGAUACCUCAAAACAGAAGGUCCGCUCGUGCCUCAUGAAAUUGAACAGAGCAGUCUGUCUGGAAUGCCCAGAGUUUCACAUCCCUUGGUUUCAUGAACGCUAUUGCCAGCAUGUCUUGUUCAAAGGCAGUAGAAGAAUAAAUUCACUGCGACAGCAUGUUCACAGAAUGCUGGCAGAGAUCUUAGGAGGAAGCCAUUACGCAAGAAUGUCUGUUCUCACACCAUACUACUAUGAAAUAGAUCUUGAAUGCAUUCUGGAUAAAAAUAAAAGGCCUCUUUCCUAUACGGCUGAGAAUAUACCUCUGGGUGAUUUGGAGGGAGUACAUUUGAGACAUGACUUCAAGGAUGCAGGAAGAAAGUCUCUACCACCAGGCGCUCAGAGAAUUGCCUUGGAAUUUCUUGAUCCAAAAGCUUUUAGCAAGGAUUCAUGUCACAUGAAAGGAGAAUCUGCAGUGAAAAAACGACACCUGGAAAUGUUGGGGUACCGGGUAAUUCAGAUUCCUCAUUUUGAAUGGAAUUCUAUGGUUUUAUCAACAAAAGAUGCACAGCUGGAAUAUCUGAAAAAGCAUCUAUAUGAAACACAGUGAUGCUGAAGACAUGUAAUCAGUUAAACUUCUUGUAACCCUGAAAUACAUAUUUUCCAAAAUCUCUUUAUUUGUGAGUCAGCUGGACCAAGGCUUGCCAAGGGACAGCAGAUAUUAAGAUAUAUAAUCCUAAGUUUGUUAGGGAUUGCAAAGGGCAGGUCACAACGCGCCAUAAAAAUGUAAUAAGGAUGCUUAAAAUCUCUCGUUAUCUGGAAGCUGUAGUUUAAGUACGUGAGUCUGUGACAAUGCUUCCAUAAAAUGACAUUAUUAUCUCUUAAAUAAACAACAUGGAGACUUGACCAGAUAUACACCUAUCCAAACAAAAAGUUUGAAAUACUAUAACUAUGGGAGAGAAGGCAGCAGAUAUACUGGAAAUUAUCUGCCCUUCAGCACGUGACAAAACGAGCAAUAGGGGCAAAGCACAUCAUCUCUGUACUGUGAAACCAAGAAACUGAAAUGGAGGUUUACUAAGAAUAGAACUGUUACUGCAGCCAUUCUGUUGCCAUCUUCCACAACCAAUAUAGUGUGGGUGAUUAUAAUGGGGGGGGGGG